ACCUCCAGCCCAGUGUACUCAUAUGUACUUGCUGUGAUAGUUGAAGCAGUUUAUACAGGACUGGUAGACGUGAGUUAGUGUGAUACGAAAAGCAAGAAUUUCCUUAACAGUUGAGUCAUUCAUAUCAUGGAAGAACUGAAAUAUAUAUUCAUAAUCUCUUUGUUAAUAACUUACGUCCAUGCAGAAGACCCGGUAAUUGAUACUACCACUGGAAAAAUUAAGGGAUCAACAAUUUCAGUUCAGACUGUUGAUCUUGAUGUCUUUCUUGGAAUACCAUUUGCUAAACCUCCCGUUGGUAAUUUAAGAUUUAGAAGACCUGAACCAAUUGAACAGUGGAGCAGUAUAAAAGAAACGAAGAAAUAUGGUUCAUCGUGUGAACAAGAUACAACUACUGGUUAUAAUGAUGUUGCGGGUGAAGUUGCUUGGAAAAUUAAUCCUAAUAAUGGAGAUUGUUCAGGUUGCUCCAAUGAACCAUGGUCAAAGUUCACACCCCAAAACCAGAAAUACUUUUUAAUUGACAAGAAAUCAAAGAUGGAGAACAAGGAGACGUCUAUGUACAAUGUAUGCAGCUUUUGGUCAGAUCUUUUCCCUCAGUUAAAAGAACGUCCUUGUCCAGACUGUCUUUAUUUAAACAUUUGGGCUCCAACAGAAGCACGGAAGUUUCAUUCAAAUUUAACCACGAUGAUUUGGAUAUACGGAGGUGGAUUUAUUUCUGGAUCAAGCGCGAAGGAUGUAUUUGAUGGACGAUGGUUAGCUGUUAGUCAAAAUAUUAUCGUUGCAUCACUUAAUUACAGAUUAGGGCCCUUUGGUUUCCUUUCCUUAGAUGACGAGCGUGCUCCGGGUAAUAUGGGACUGCUUGAUCAAAACCUCGCUAUAAAGUGGAUUCACGAUAAUAUUGCAUCAUUCGGUGGAGACCCUGAUAAACUGACACUAUUUGGACAAAGUGCCGGUGCAAUAUCUAUUGGUAUGCAUGUUAUUUCACCAAUGUCUCGGAAUCUUUUCAGGAAUGCUAUUAUGAUGAGUGGGACAGCUAACACAGAGUUGGGAAUUAAGUCAAAAAAGGAAAAUAUUGAUACAGCAAAAGAAAUGGCUGCUUACCUGCAAUGUCCAACUGAGAACGAUAAGCUGAUGUUAGAUUGCUUUCUAAAAGCCAAUGCUAAAAAAAUAACAGUGGGACAAUUUCAAAAUUUUAACGAAUUGAACGGAAUUCCCUUUUCCCCCAUUAUCGAUAACUAUUUCUUACAGAAGAGUCCAAACGAAGUUCUACAAAAUAAAACAAUUAAAAAAGAUGUGUUACUUGGAUUUGUUAAAAACGAAGGAACUUUCAUGCUUUCAAUGAGUUUCCCGAAAUAUUUCACUGUAAAUGGAACUGCUCCGAUAAACAUAUCUAUCGCACAUGAAUUAAUGAAAACGUUGAUGGGAGCAAAAUUACGUCCUGUGCAGUUUGAUUCCAUCUUUUAUGUUUAUGGUUCACAUGUUUACACUUCUGAAACUAAAAAAUACGCAUACAUAUUAGACCAGGUAGCUGGAGAUAUCAUGUUUAAAUGCCCUGGUAUUGACUUUUCCCGGGCUUUCAGUACCCAUUCCAACGUUUAUAUGUAUUCUUUUGAGUUUCUGUCAAAUUCUGCGCCCUGGGCAAAAUGGAAGGGUGUACAACACUCGAGCGAUAUUUCUUACGUGUUUUCGCAAGAAAUAUUUGCCAAAAAUUAUUCAUCAGACGACAAAUACGUAUCAGAAAUGAUGUCAAGUUAUUUUGCAAACUUUUCCAAAUCAGGUAAUCCUAACAAUGGAGAUUGUUCUAGUUGCUCCAGUGAACCAUGGCCAAAAUUCACACCCGAAAACCAGAAAUAUCUUGUGAUUGACAAGGAACCAAACAUGGAGACGAAAGAGAUUUCUAUGUACAAUACAUGCGGCUUUUGGUCAGAUUUUUUCUUUCAAUUAAGGGAACGUCCUUGUCCAGUACCAAGUGGAUCACGGAAUAUUUGGACUUUCCAGGGAAGAGUAAUGACCUUUUUCACACCCAUUCUGCUCUCUUUGACUUUGUUUUGAAAGGUUUUGAUUUAAUGUUACGUCAGUUAAUUACAUCGCUCAAUUAAAGUUUGACAGUUUUAUAUGAUUAAUAAAAUAAUUUUGCUAUA